AUGGCGAGCCCAAGGAGACAAACAGAUGGCUGGGCUCUACAACCUUUCUUCAAUAAGCCACCAAAGAGUCAGCCACACAUAUCCUCUCCCUUUCUAUGGACCACUCUCCUCUUCCUGCUCAUGGGGCUAGGAGCCUCUGAAAAGGACUCAGCCCCAACAGUGGUGAAAGGGAUUCUAGGGGGUUCGGUGAUUCUCUCCCUGAACAUUUCAGUAGACACAGAAAUUGAGCACAUCGCCUGGAGUGGUCCCCAAGAAGCUUUGGCUUUAGCAGAUGCAAGAGGAAAGAUUAUCUUUAUAGACAAAAGCUACCAGGGGCGAAUAAACAUCACCCAGAACAACUCCUUGUCUAUCAACAAGCUGACUCUGAAAGAUGCAGGAUCCUACAAAGCCCAGAUAAACCAAAAGAAUUCUGAAGUCACCACAAGUGAGAAAUUCACCCUGUCUAUCUAUGAACAGCUGCAGGAGCCCCGAGUCACCGUGAAGUCUGUGAACAUGUCUGAGAACGCCUCCUGUAACAUCACCCUGGUAUGCUCCGUGAAGGGGGCAGGGGAAGAUGUUCAGUACUACUGGACUUCGAGGGAUCCCCAUGCUUCUGAAUCCUGGGUGGGGCCUAGUCUCACCAUCUCUUGGUUGCCCUGUGACUCAGACCUGCCAUACAUCUGCAGAGCCAAGAACCCAGUCAGCCAGAGCAGCUCCCGCCCUGUCCAUGCCUGGCAGUUCUGUACAGAUCUAGGAGCUUCCAGAGGAGGACCAAUGGGGGAGACAGUGGCGGGGAUCCUGGGGGAGUCCAUCACCCUGUCCCUGGCGCUCCCACACAGUCAGCACAUAGACAACGUUGUCUGGAUGUUUAACACCUCUAUUAUCAGCAAAGAGUGGGGAGAAGAAGCAACAGCCAAUCAACUCACUAAGUUCAAGGAUCCAAAUCAGAACACGGCAUGGGUCUCCAGCCAGGACUACUCCCUAAAGAUUGGCCAGUUGAAGAUGGAGGACGCCGGCCCCUACCACGCCUAUGUGUGCUCAAACGCCAGAGUUGCCAGCACAAAACAUAUCAACCUGAGCAUCUACCGGAGGCUGAAGAAGCCAAAAGUCACCGGGAGCCUCGGGCUCACAGAGGACGGCGUCUGCAGGGUCAGCCUGACAUGCUCAGUGGAGGACAGUGGACACAACGUGACAUACAGAUGGAGCCCCCUACAGAAAGGAGCUGUCGUGUCCCAAGGGGGAGCUCACCUCAGCGUCUCCUGGAGAAGUGGAGAAAAACACCCCAGCUUCACGUGCAGAGCCAGCAAUCCUGUCAGCAACAGCUCCCAGCAGUUUCUUUCUAAGGACCUCUGUCCAGGUUGCUCUCCUGUUCAGCCAGACCUCAGAGCCUUGAGACCUGAGAGAAGGACAGCACUUUUGUUUGGGCUCUCCCUGAUGGUUCUUUUCACCCUUCUGUGCUUUGGGAUCUCUGGCUGGUGCUUUUGGAAGAAAAAAGGACGAUGUUCAGCCCCAGCCUUCAGUUCCAGUCAAGUUGAGGCUCCAGCUGACACACCAGGGUAUGAGAAGGUGGACACUUUCCCUAAGACUGCCAGGCACGUCUCCGACAGCAGCUCUGACAGCAAUGGAACAACUGAGCAGGAUGAGGAGAGGACAGAGAGGCACCAACCUGUCAAUGGAAGAGACCAGGUGUGUGAUUUGGUCACUCAGGAGGAUGCUGGACAUGACUCGGACUCUGAGGGGCAAGCAGAGUACGAUCUCGUCACUCCAGAUGACACGGCACCGGCACUUGCGAUUGAAGGGGAAACUGUGUAUACACAGGUGUUCCUUGACUUUCAGAGACAGACCCCAGUUCCUCAGAAGAAAGAGAGGUCAGCCACAAUCUACUGCUCUAUACAGAAAUCUCAGAAGGUGGUGCCAGCACCGCAACAGAAUGAUCUUGAGUCUCCUGAAAUAUCUACCUAUGAAAAUGUCCCCUGA